UUUUGUGACUACUAGGGAUACACAUUCGCCAUUUUAGUAAUGCUUCAUAGACAUAUAUGUCCGUCUCUCUAUACAAUACGAAUAACUUAAUCAAUUUUCUACCAUAAGAACUUCCCGGCAUAAUAGGCAUACCCGGAAAAGUCGCAGCAAUUGUUUGAAUUUGUAGAGAGAGAAAGGAACGGAAAAAAUGGGGGUUGUAAAGAUCUGGAACGCCAUGGAAGUUGCAGAGGGAGCUCGCGAGACUACCAGCUCAGAAAUUCACUCAUCGUCUCUCACCAUCGACCACUCUCUCUCUCUUCCCCAAAUGACACCUCGCAUAAUAGAGCUAUGCAAAGAUCUGUUCAAGCAAUGGUCGAAUUUGGACAAUUCACACUUCUCUCUCGAUACAAUCUCCGGAGGCAUCACAAAUCUAUUACUGAAGGUAUCCAUAAGGGAAGAAAAUGGAAACACAGUAAAUAUGACGCUUAGAUUGUAUGGACCCAAUACUGAAUAUGUCAUCGAUCGUGAACGGGAAUUGCAGGCCAUUGGAUAUCUUUCAGCUGCAGGAUUUGGUGCCAAGUUGCUUGGAGUUUUUGGAAAUGGCAUGGUGCAAUCAUUUAUCAAUGCACGGACACUAACUCCAUUAGAUAUGAGAAAGCCAAAGCUGGCUGCUGAAAUUGCAAAGCAACUUCGAAAAUUCCAUCAGGUGGAAGUUCCAGGCUCGAAAGAACCUCAGCUAUGGAAUGAGAUCUUCAAGUUCUUCAAAAAAGCAUCUGGUCUAAAAUUUGAUGAUAAUGAGAACCAGAGGAAGUAUGAGACAGUCUCAUUUAAAGAAGUUCACACUGAAGUUAUGGAGCUCAAGGAAUUGACAAGCCUUCUUAAUGCUCCUGUGGUCUUUGCUCACAAUGAUUUACUUUCUGGGAAUUUGAUGCUUAAUGAUGAUGAAGAGAAACUCUACUUCAUUGAUUUUGAGUAUGGAUCAUACAAUUACAGAGGUUUUGACAUUGGAAACCACUUUAAUGAAUAUGCUGGCUAUGAUUGUGACUACAGCUUAUAUCCGAAUAAGGAUGAACAGUAUCAUUUCUUCAGACACUAUUUAGAACCUGAAAAGCCGAACGAGGUAUCUGAAAAAGAUCUGGAAGCACUUUAUGUUGAGACAAAUACUUUCAUGUUAGCUUCACACUUGUAUUGGGCUCUAUGGGCUUUAAUCCAGGCAAAGAUGUCCCCGAUCGAUUUUGAUUAUCUCAGUUAUUUCUUUCUGCGAUACAACGAAUACAAAAAGCAGAAGGAUGAGUGCAUCUUGCUGGCGCAAGCUUACCUCUCAGGAUCCGGGACUGGUUGAAAUCUGUCAUUUUAGGUGUCACUUGUAUGUUUUUGUACUUCCAUUUAUUUUGGAGAGCUAUGUGAGUCUCUCUGAUUAGAUACGAUUGUAAAAUAUUCUUUUGUAGCAAAUUAAUAGAAUAAGAGGAAAAAAUUUAGACAAACAGUUGUGAUAUUCAGGAGUAUGAAAUUUGUAUUUGAUCAAUAAUUCCUUUGCUUUUGUUCUUGGUA